AUGCCAAGUGCAUGCCACACCUGUCGCCGGCGUCGGGUAAAAUGUGACUUUCGAACCCCAAAGUGUGGCCGGUGCGAGAAAUCGGGGGUGGAAUGUCUUGGCUAUGGCAAACUGAUCACCUGGGUGCAAGGUGUAGCGAGUAGAGGGAAGAUGAUGGGGAAGUCUUUCGAGCCUUCAUCAGCACCCUCCGUGUCCCGGAGCACGGAAAUACGUAUCCAAGUGCAAAGAACCCUGAUGGAUCCCUUCCUACAGGACCUCAGCUCCGAGGCUCGCCAUUACUUGAAUCAUUUCUACUCCCGGGUCUGGGAGGAUCUGGUCAUCUAUCACCUGCCCAUGCAAACUUGGAAUCCGUGCAGCGAACUCUAUUGGCGCUCCCAGACUUGUCCCGCCAUGUUCCAUGCAAUUAUGGCCAUGGCUGCCUAUCAUCGGUAUAACCUCAUUACAUCCAAGGAACGUGCGCAGGGCAUCCUGGUCGAUGCACUCCAGUGGAAACAGGGUGCCCUGAUCCGAUUUCAGACAAUGCUCAGCCAAGUCCACCCAACAACGUGUGUUCAGGUGCUGGUGUGCUCGAUGUUGCUGGCCAAUGUCGAUCUUCUCGAGUCUGGCCGGGAUACAUGGCAGCUGCAUCUGGAUUCAGCAGUCCGUCUGAUCAGUCUUAUGGGUCCUGGAAUUCGUUCCUUGGCGGGCAGACCAGAACAUGGGGGAAACUUGUUCGACCAGUGGGUCAUAUCCAGUAUUCUAAUCCAGAGUAUCUUUGGCUUGACCUUCUCCCCAAGCGUAGGACAUCACCAUCUGUCUAUACUCAACAAUCCUACCGUGAGGGUGCUUGACUCCCUAGUUUUCGCCGAGGGAAAUCAUUUCCUCUCUUGUCCGGCCGAGCUAGCGAGCUGUAUUGUCCUAGCAUUUCAGACACAAGAAGACUUCGGAACCCCGUGCAGAGACGCCUGCCACGACCUCUACGAGUCCGUUCAACAGUUUGACCCAGCCGCUUGGGCCACCGCUAUGCAGUGUUGGACUCCAGUCAAUGACUACCGCGAGCGAUUGCAUAUCGGAUCAGCGUACAAGACGGCCGUGGUUCUCUACCUCUCACGGAUGCUACCGAAUUUCUCCCCCGGCGGCUGUACACCCGAGCGGCAGACUGGACUAGUGCAGGCCGUUAUCGGCCAUAUCUCGCAAGUUCCGCCCUCCAGCGCAUUAUUCAAGUCCACUAUUUGGUCGUCUUUUGUCGCCGGGGCGGAGGCCACCGAUCCUCAUCACCGGGAGUGGGUUGCUGCCCAUCUCGACGCCAUCUCGGCGCAGAUUCCCUGGAAUACGACAGUCACUGCGACGGAAGCGCUAAGAGAGGUCUGGAGGCGGGUCGACCUGCCACAGACAGAGCCAUUGUCAGCUCCAAGGAACUGGAUCCAGGAAUUCCGGCACUUGAAGGUGGCUGUCUUUCCCGCAUGA